AUGUGCCGGGCAAUUUGGAGAAUCGCGGGAAUAGAAGAUGUUGCCAGCGGAGUUCAAGACUCUGCUCCAAGAAUUGGUUUCUUGACCUCGUUGGUAUGCGUCCGUCGAUUGAUGCUUUGCGCCAUUGAGGCACCCAGGCUAUGUCGCAACUUUGUCAAGCGUUCGGUUUGGAUAGGAUCAGACCCCGUAUCUAGAGGCCACAACAGCCGCGCAAGUUGGACAUUUAGGGAUUGGUAUGGAUGGAUAGGGAUACAGGGCUGGCGAGCGGUCCAUGGCAUGGGAGUCGUUGGCCAAGGUGGUCAAAAGAGCCUGCACUGUCUUGGAUUGGUGACGAGCAUCGACGGUACCUCACCUUUUACCUUCUCUAAGGUAUCCGUAGUCGUUAUCUUCACACCUGCAAUAUUCUUUGAUCCCCGGUACGCCGAGUCGCCGACCAACAUUGACUACCUAAGCCUGGUGGACCUGACGCACGCUGCCUGCCGGAAACGAGCUGCUUCCCCCUGCUCGUACACUGUGCCUUCCUGUGCCUACGGCCCUACGAGAAAACUCCACGAGAUAUCUUCCUUGCCGUGGCUACCGCUGGAUCUGUUUCUGGGCCUCAUCCGAUGCCUUGGCUCUCCGCUGGCUCGCUGCAUCUCUCGCUGGCACUACCGCUCCGAGGCUCUUUUACCGACUCUUGAAGAGCACAUUUGCUCCUCAGUCAUACGGCAUCGCGCCGCCAUCGGCCAUCUUUUCUCCCUUCGUCUCGUAUUUCUGGCCUUUUUCUGGCUCUUGCCUUGCUACACCAGUCGCUUCAUCUCUCAAGCUUUCUUCUGCACUGAUACUUCUCCGGAAACAUUGUUUUCGCUGGACAAACACCCACCCCUUGGAGGCCGCAAAAACGCAAACCAUGGCAACUAUGCCGUUCAGAACCUACAACAGGCUUGGUACCAUAUCUUUGCCAGAUUUCAAACAAGUUGA